CGGGCUAUUGCAUUCGUGGUUCACGCCAUUCACGGUCAGAUUGGGUCAGUCGUCUGGAGUUAAUUGUCAAUUACUUUAUUAUAAAAAAAGCGCACGAAUACAUAAUUAAAUAAAUAUGGGUGUUCCGGCGGGUGAUCCAGAAAAAGGAAAGAAGCUUUUUGUCCAAAGAUGUGCACAAUGUCAUACUGUUGAAGCAGGUGGCAAACAUAAAGUAGGUCCCAAUUUACAUGGAUUAAUAGGUAGAAAAACUGGCCAAGCGUCUGGUUAUCUAUAUACCGAUGCCAACAAAGCGAAAGGUAUCACUUGGAAUAAGGAUACUCUUUUCGAGUAUCUAGAAAAUCCAAAGAAAUACAUUCCCGGUACGAAGAUGGUAUUCGCCGGAUUAAAGAAACCCCAAGAGCGGGCUGAUCUUAUAGCUUAUUUGGAACAAUCAACGAAAUAAGCGCUUCCCUGCCACCGAUCGCAGAAAUUGUGAAGAACGCGAGUGAACACGCGAGAUGCCUGGCAUGAAUCGCGAUAUUAGUACUAUUAUCAUCUCAUCAUGUUUUAUCAUUUCACUCGUGUUCAUCCCAUGGACUCUCCUCUCGAUGGUACUCAAAAGCAAAUUCACAAUACGUGUUUAAAUAGUAAUAAAUUGUUAUUGUAUUGAUAAGUAGAUAAUUGCAAAUAUGUACAUGACGUGACAAAAGGGUCGAGCUAGCUCAAUCCUUUUUUUCCUUUUUCAUCACACCGAAGAGUUAUUCUCAGGAGCGCUAAUGCCCGCCAUACGAGUGGUUGAUCCACUUUUCUGCGGAUCCUGCGUCCUUGAUUAUUUAUUAUCAUUGUAUCAUGCAGUAAGUGUUGAUCUGUAAAUCAAAGAAAUACAGACUAGGCAAUUAAAA